CACUCAUCACAGACACACAGCAGCUCUCGCAGUCUGUCAAGAGGCACUCCUCAUCUUCCUUAUCCUCCUCUUCUCCUUUCCCACCUCGACCCGACCACCUGGACUGUACACAGUCUGCUGAGGAUGCAACAGACAGGAGAAAACGGAAGCUGAGAGACAAGAAGCAAACGCUCACACUGAGGAUAAGGCUCGAUCUGAGGCGGCGGGCUGACAGCACAGCCAGUGGCUCUGCAGCGACACAGCAGCACGGUGGGCUGAAGCUUCACUGCCAGAGCAGGUAGAGGAACAUGCGAUCCCGCAGCAACAGUCUGGAGGAUUCAACCAAGUCCAAGCCAUUGCAUCAGCAGGAGGACACAUGUAAACGAACCACAGAGCAGGAGCAUCCCUCAGGAAGGGUGGCUUGUAGGAGCCGACGCUGCGAGCAACCAUAUGAGACCGGCACCAUUCAGAGGAACCAAAAGAUGACCAAGAAUAGCACUUGUGCUGGUGGGAGUGGCAGCGCCAGUGGUGCUGCGAAGAGCAGUCGGCAGGAGAAAGGCAGGGACCUUUCCAGAGAUGACCUGGUCUUCCUGCUUAGCUUGCUGGAAGGAGAGUUGCAGGCCAGGGAUGAAGUAAUCACAGUGUUGAAAGCAGAAAAGAUUGACUUGGCCCUGCUGGAAGCCAAAUAUGGCUUCGUCACUCCACAGAAGGUCCUUCAGGCCCUGCAGAGAGACGCCAUCCAGGGUAAAGCUGACAUCUUCCAGGAGGACAUCUAUGAGAAGCCAGUGGCAGAGCUGGACAAGUUAGUGGAGAAGCAAAAGGAGUCGUACCGGCGGAUGCUUGAGCAGCUGCUGAUGGUGGAGCAAUCACACAAACAGACACUGUACAAGCUGGAGGAUGAGAAGAGGAACCAUGGAGAGUUCAUGAAGAAGAGUGAUGAGUUCACCAACCUCCUGGAGCAAGAGCGCGAGAGGUUGAAGCUGUUAAUUGACCAGGAGAAGGCCUAUCAAGAAAGAAAAGAGGAAGAAAACAACAAAAAGGUCACAGGUCUCAAGGAGGAGCUGACAAAACUCAAGUCAUUUGCGUUGAUGGUUGUAGAUGAACAACAGCGUUUGACUGAACAGUUGGACCAGCAAACAGCAAAGGUUCAAGAAAUAACUGCAAGUGCUUCACAAGCCCAGGAGGAGCUGAACACAGCUAAUGCUCGUCUACAGGAAAAGGAACUCAAAGUCUCUCGCUUAGAGGCUGAGCUGCGUGAAAAAGCUCACCGAUACCACCAGGAACAAGAGACAAUGACCGCCAAACUGGCAAGUGAAGAUGCUCAAAAUCGGCAGCUCCGCCAGAAACUGUCAACUCUCAGCAGGCAGCUCGAUGAGCUGGAGGAGACUAACAAGACUCUGCGCAGAGCUGAGGAUGAACUGCAGGAGUUGAGGGACAAAAUUAGUCGUGGCGAAUGUGGAAACUCAAGCCUGAUGUCUGAACUUGAAGAGUUACGGAAAAGGGUGCUUGAAAUGGAAGGGAAGGAUGAAGAGCUGAUCAGAAUGGAGGACCACUGCAGGGACCUCAAUAAGAAACUGGAGAAAGAGUCUAAACAAAGCCGGAGCCUGAAAAUUGAAGUUGAUAAACUGAACCAGAGAAUAAUGGACUUAGAAAAACUAGAAGAUGCUUUCUGCAAGAGCAAACAAGAGUGCAAUUCCCUGAAAAGCAACCUGGAGAAAGAGAGGACAGUGUCAAAGGUUCUGUCCACUGAGCUAGAUGUCUUGAAACUCAGGGUCAAAGAACUUGAGUCUGCUGAAAGCCAACUUGCAAAGACGGAGUUGACACUGAAAGAAGAUCUAACCAAGUUAAAGACUCUGACGGUCAUGCUUGUGGACGAAAGAAAAACAAUGGGAGAGAAGUUAAAACACAUGGAGAACAAGGUCCAAAACAGCACUGGCAAACUUCAGGCUGAACAGGACAAAGUUACUUCAGUCACAGAGAAGCUAAUUGAAGAGAGCAAGAAAGCACUGAGGUCAAAGUCUGAGCUCGAGGAGAAAAUGUGCAGUGCUACAAAGGAAAGGGAUGACCUGAAGGCAAAGCUGAGGGCUGAGGAAGAAAAACAUGGUGAUUUGGAGUCUAAGAUCAGCAUGAUGAAGAAAAGAUUACAAUCACUGGAGAGCAUAGAAAGAGAAUACCUGAGGCAUAAAGCCAAAGAAGAUCAUAACAAAGCAUCCAUUGCCAACCGCUUCCUGCAAGAAGACAAUAAAGUCAAGGAAUUGACACAGGAGGUCGAACACCUGCGAUGCAAAUUAAAAGACAUGAAGGUGGUAGAAGGAGACCUACUAAAAAUGGAAGCUUUUGAGUCACUGGAGAAAAAAUUCAGUCAUGAGCAAGAGAAAGCCAAAACACUGAUGGAGGAGCUAGAAUUAUCCAGAAAAGAGCUUUCAAAGUACCAGCUGGCUGAAAAGAAGGACUGCAACCAAGAGCAUGUUCUUUAUAAACGCCUGAAAGAAGAGGAGGCAAAGUCCAGUCAUCUGACCAGAGAGGUAGCAGCUCUGAAAGAAAAAAUUCAUGACUACAUGGGAACUGAGGAAUCCAUUUGCCGCAUGAAGAACGACCACUCAACACUGCAAAGAAAACUGACUCAGCAGGAGGUCCGAAACAAAGAACUGGCUAGAGAAAUGGAGAUGCUUACUGGAGAACUUGAGAGAUACAGAAGAUUUAGCAAAAGUCUCCGACCUGGCAUGAAUGGAAGACGCUUCUCUGAUCUGCAUGUUUCCACCAAGGAAGUGCAGACAGAACCUCUUGACCUGGCAUCUUCCACAUCCAAGACACUGCCACUGGAAUGCGCUGUGGUCAAUGGAAAACUGUACGACGAGAGCGAACCAGAGGACAAUGCAAAUUACAGUAAUGAGCUCCAGCUCUCCAAAUGCAGUCCAUCCAUCAUCAAUAAUGUAAAUAACCUGAACAACACGAGAAGAGCACGAGUGCCAUUCCUUAAGAACAAAGAGAGUCCUCAUCAAGUAAAUGGUAAAGUGCAACCCCGGCACAAUGGCAACCAUAUCCCGCCUGGAGAUGUUGUGCUCACCCACAGUCCUGGGCAGCCUCUGCACAUAAAAGUGACUCCUGACCAUGGACACAACACAGCUACACUAGAGAUCACCAGCCCAACCACAGAAAGCACCCAGUCCUUCACCAGCACUGCUGUCAUACCCACUAGUGGAGGUCCACCGAAACAGAGAAUCACCAUCAUUCAGAACGCUUCCAUUUCCCCGACAAUGAAAUCUAUUUCCCCAACAACAAAAUCGAAAGGUUCCCCAGUGUCUGAUGAAUUGUCUUCCCCAGAUAGAGCUCUAUCCCCCUUCACUUUGGCAACAUACUCCCGAACAAUGGCACCAGACUCUUGUGGCUCUGUAACACCAGACAGAGCAAUGUCACCAAUACAAAUUGUGUCAGUCACAACCAGCACUCCAGACCGCUCUCUGUCCACAGAGCCAGUGGAGGUGGUUGGAGGACAUGCUGUCUUCCGUGUGACCCCUGAAAGGCAGAGCAGCUGGCAGGUCCAGAGAUCUAACAGCUCGGGGCCCAAUGUCUUCACCACAGAGGACAACAAAAUCCACAUUCAUUUAGGGAGCCCCUUCAUUCAGAGCAUCAGCAGCACAUCACAGACUCUGAGUCCAUGCCACACACCUGGACUCCAGGAGCAGAGGACUCAGGCACUGGCCAAUUGUAGCACUCCUGCUGCCAAAGGCAACAGCAAAAUCACAAGUAGCAUCAUGAUUAAGCCCACCUCCACCUCAAUGCAAAGGCCAUCUCAAAUUACAAUACCUCUAGAAGCAUUCCGAAGACCAGGGCCGACAAGAAUCCCCAAACCAAAGGGCUACAGCUUCCAGAAAGGGACAAACAGCACCACACCCAACCAGGGGCUCCAAACCAAGGUGCAUUCUGGGAAAGAGCCACCAGGAGCCACCAGCACCAACCUAAACCUAAUCAGCCGCAGACUGUGAUGUCAGGGGUCAUUUAGUGAAUCCUUCAGUUACCUGCUAUCACCAUUUGGUGACAGUAUCUACGUUGCAGCUAACCUUUAAAUAACUUUCUUGAAGCAGGGCCUAAAAUUCUGAAUGAUACAAUCGACACAGACUGAAGUUUAGACCAUUCUAAUAAUUGCAGCUUCAAAAAAGAAAAUUGUUCCAUUACGUCUAAACCAUCACAGGUGCUCAGAAAACUAGAAAACACAAGUGAUAUUUGUGGUGAAACUGUUUACUGAUACAUUAUAGUACAGUACAGAUUUGUUUGAAGAGGUUACUGUGAUUGAAAUAGGUUUUAAAAGCUAAAGCGUAACACAAGAGUAUUAGCUAUAUGGUGUUAUUAAUGAACAUUUUAUUUGAAUUGUCAGUCUUUCUAUUGAUUAAUGAUAUGUGCUGUGAGUAACAGACAGUACAACAAUUUCAUCAGUUUCUAUGAUUGUAGCACAUACAUUUUUUUAAAAUAAAUGGCAAUAAUGUAAAUAAAAAUGUAUUACUAAUAUGUCAUAAAGCAGCUCCUUGACUGUGAUGAUUUCAUCGAUGUAACAUUUGUGAUUUUUGGGUAUCAAUAAAGACUUUUUAUAUCUUGU